AUGGAGGCCCUAACCCCGUAUAUUCCUCCAGCUCUCCUUCCCCUCGCGGAAACUCUUCGCGAUCAAGCUCCCUUGGUGGGUGUCGCCCUUGUCUCGCUCGGCGCGAUAUACCUAGGAUAUCUUUACCUACUGGGAAGAAACGAAGCUGCCGUGGCAUUCAACGUGCCAAUUCCACCUGAAGUCCGUGCCAAUUGGAAAGGUAAAAAGUGGGAAGAUGUUCAGGGAGAGGAGAAAAAGGUGCUUGAAGGUCAACUUAGAGGGUCGUGGAACGACAAAGUCAUCCUAAGCUAUUGUCCUGCGGAUGGAAGAAUACUUGGUAACGGAAUCAAACCUGCAACAACUGAAGACGUCGACCGAGCGAUCCAAGCAGCGAAGAAGGCUCAAAUUGAAUGGGCUGGGACUAGCUUUGCUGAAAGGAGGAAGGUUUUGCGGACAUUGCUGAAAUAUGUGCUCGAGCACCAAGAAGAACUUGUCACCGCUUGUUGUUUGGAUUCUGGAAAGACUAAAGUCGAUGCUUCAUUUGGGGAAAUCCUUGUGACAGCAGAGAAGUUGAAAUGGACAAUUGAUCACGGCGAGAAGGCAUUGACGCCCGAAUCGAGGCCCACGAAUUUCCUGAUGAUGUACAAGAAGAACAUGGUCACGUAUGAGCCUCUUGGAGUGGUGUCGGCUUGCGUCUCUUGGAAUUAUCCUCUCCAUAACUUCAUCGGCCCGAUCAUCAGUGGUAUCUUUGCAGGAAACGGUGUGGUAGUAAAACCAUCGGAGCAAACUGCAUGGUCCUCGGCUUUCUUUCUGGAAGUCGUGAGAGGUGCUCUUUCGGCAUGCGGUCACUCUCGCGAUCUUGUACAGAGCGUCGUCUGCUUGCCUGACGUUGCUGAUUUCUUGACUUCACAUCCGGAUAUCGCCCAGUUGACCUUCAUUGGAUCGAGACCGGUCGCACACAAGGUUUGCGAGUCAGCAGCAAAGGCACUGACUCCAGUGACUGUUGAACUGGGCGGCAAGGACCCCGCUGUCAUUCUGGACGAUCCCAGAACAGUGAGCGAGAUCUCAUCUAUCGCGUCCAUUCUCAUGCGAGGUGUCUUCCAAUCCGCUGGACAAAACUGCAUUGGCGUUGAGCGGGUCAUUGCCUUGCCUGGAGUGUAUGACAAGCUUCUGAAUGAUGUGUCUUCACGCAUUAAGCCAUUCCGUCUUGGUUCCGUCCUCCUUGAGUCCAACCCCGAAGAUCCUCAGCAGAAACCCGGCGCUCCAGACAUGGGCGCUUUAAUCUCCCCGGCCUCCUUCGACCGCCUGGAAUCGUUGAUCACCGACGCAGUCCGACAAGGCGCGAGCCUUAUCUGUGGUGGGAAACGUGUUGAUCACCCGAAGUAUCCCCAUGGCCAUUACUUUGCGCCCACUCUCCUUGCGGACGUAACGCCUUCCAUGCGGAUCGCUCAAACCGAACUUUUCGCCCCAGUAUUUCUCCUCAUGCGCGCAGACUCCGUGCCCCACGCCAUUGCCAUUGCAAACUCAACGGAAUACGCUCUUGGCGCUAGCGUCUUCGGCUACAACCAUAUUGAUGUCGCAACCUGUGUCUCGAACAUCAAAGCGGGAAUGGUAUCUGUCAACGAUUUUGGAAGCUACUAUGCUGUGCAGCUGCCUUUCGGUGGCGUCAAGGGAUCGGGAUACGGCCGCUUUGCGGGAGAAGAAGGACUGCGUGGCGUGAGCAAUAUCAAGGCCCUCUGCGUUGACCGGUUUCCCAAGCUAAUGGCGACUCGCAUUCCGCCACGCGUGGAUUAUCCUAUCUACAAAGCAGAUGGUAGUCGUCAGAAUGGGACCGGCGCCUGGGAAAUGUGUAAGGGUGUCGUUGAAACAGGGUACCAGCUGACUCUGGCCGGAAGAGUUACUGGUAUCCUACGACUGUUGAAGAACAUGUAG